GCAGGCACUGUGUGUGGUGGUCCUGGUGGAGGUGGUGGCCUAUCAGGAUUCUCUCUCAAAUGACAAGUCUCCCUGUUUCUGUGCUUCCCCACCAUCAUAUUCCACCACCUUUUCGCCACUCAUACUCAUAGUACAAAAUCCCAACCAACAAAAAUCACCCAUUCUUAUACCCAUCAUUAUCAUCAUCAUCUUCAUUCUUAUUCUCUGAUAUCGCUUCGCAACCACGACGGCUUUUUGCGCCCCUUUGGCUCUCGCCGGAAGUCUUUGAAUUUCCGGCCGGAAGUGGGACAUGGGUUCUCAGGAAAAUGAAAAUCCCAGUUGGGUGGUGUUUGACGAUUACGGUCUCAUAGAGGACAUCCGCGUCCCCUCCCUCCUCAAUCCCACCGCUUUUGCUUCUACUACUUGGCCUCCUCCUCAUCUUUCUUUUUCUGCCCCGACCUCUCUUAGUGUGGAGAAUGAAGGCUCAUUUGCAAAUUCAGAUAGUCUGAAGGAAAUUGGCUCUCUAAAACGGGUGCGGUCUGGAUCAUGCAGUGCUUCUGGUUCCAAAGCAUGUAGAGAGAAAAUGCGGAGGGAUAGACUGAAUGACAGGUUCACGGAAUUGAGUUCUAUCCUGGACCCUGGAAGGCCUCCCAAGAUGGACAAGGCUGUUAUGCUGAGUGAUGCUCUGAGAAUGUUGACUCAAUUACGAGGUGAAGCCCAGAAGUUGAAGGAGUCAAAGGAGAAUCUGCAAGAGAAGAUUAAUGAAAUGAAGGCAGAGAAGAAUGAGCUUCGUGAUGAGAAGCAGAGGCUAAAGACAGAGAAAGAGAACCUUGAGCGGCAAGUAAAAGCUUUGACUACUCAACCAGGCUUUUUGCCUCAUCCUCCUGCAAUCCCAGGUCCAUUGUCUGCCCCUGGCCAAGUUGUUGGCGGCAAGCUGGUGCCAUUCAUGGGGUACCCUGGGGUUUCGAUGUGGCAGUUCAUGCCGCCGGCUUCUUUUGAUACCUCACAAGACCAUGUCCUCCGUCCCCCAGUUGCAUAAGGUGGGAGGGCUUUUUCUUUUUUUUUGUCUGCAUUCCUUUUGCAGAAGGAAGCCAUUGUUCGUGAAGUCUCUUGUUGUUUCUAUUUCUAUCAAGUUUGCAAUAAUAAGGCUGGAUUAGGUGGA